GGAGGGCCACUAGGUGGAGCCAGUCUCAGUCCAGAUCUACACCCAUUACGGAUAAAGUUCUAAGUGCAGUGCUCUUCGCUCGCCGUUUCGGUACAAUAAUUCCCUCUUGGCGUACAGAACCAGAACUCAGCAGAAAACAGACAGACACACACUCACUCAAAGAGAGGCAUAUACACGACACACGUUUGCAGACGAGAGGAGGACGUGAAGAACUGAUACCACUUUUCGGAGGAAUCUCGUGAAGAUGUUGCGGUACGCGGCAUUUGUUUGUGCGGUCGCUCUAUGCGGAGGGAUUUUUCAAUCCACCAAGGGCAUGCAGGAUGCGAACCUAGGAGGAGCAGGAGGCGCCGUCUCCCAUUUCGAGCCCCAAGUCGCCAUCCUCUGCGACUCGGGUCUCCAUGGACAAGAGGCCUAUCAUCCGCAAUUCAUGACUGAACAAGGAAGAUGGCAAACUGAUCUCGGCUCGAAAGCGACCUGCCUUAAGGACAAGAUGGACAUCCUCGACUAUUGCAAGAAGAUGUAUCCUAAACGCGAUAUCACCAACAUCGUAGAGAGCAGUCACUACCUGAAGAUUGGGUCCUGGUGCAGGGCUGGAUCCACGGCCGGCUCCCAGAGCCGCGGCAAAUGCAAGACUGCCCGUUGGGUCAAACCAUUCCGUUGUCUUGAGGGUCCAUUCCAAUCAGAUGCACUUCUCGUUCCGGAGAAUUGCCUCUUCGACCACAUCCACAACCAAAGCAACUGCUGGACGUUCGGUAGAUGGAAUUCAACAGCUGCCACGGCAUGCCAGGAUCGUGGACUUCAAUUGCGCUCAUUUGCCAUGCUUCUCCCAUGCGGCAUUUCCUUAUUCAGCGGGGUGGAAUUCGUCUGUUGUCCGAAACACUUUAAGGAUAACAUGAAGCCGGCGAAGAAACCGAUCGAUUUGGCCAUCCUGAAGAACGACCAAGAUCUACUUGAUGUUGAGGACGACUUGGAUUCGAACGAGGACGAGGAUAAGGACGAUCUCGAGGAUUUGGGUGAUGACACCGAGUUGGCCGACGAUCCUGCAAUUGAUGACAUGGACGAUGAGGAUGACGACGACUACGAUGACUCCGACUGGGACGUGACCCCUGCCAGCACUACGUCAACCGUUAAAGUGACAACGGCCGCUCCAUCCACCACGACCACCGCUAAAUCCACCACAGUUCCCACUCCUGAUCCCUACUUCACCCAUUUCGAUCCGAGGAACGAGCAUCAGAGCUACAAGGAGGCUCAGGAGCGUUUGGAAGAAACGCACCGCGAGAAAGUGACCCACGUUAUGAAAGAUUGGUCCGAUUUGGAGGAGAGAUACCAGGAUAUGCGUGCUACCGAUCCGCGCGGAGCUGAUGCCUUCAAGCAGAGGAUGACCCAGCGCUUCCAGCAAACCGUGCAAGCUCUUGAAGAGGAAGGAGACGCAGAGAAGCACCAAUUAGCCGCGAUGCAUCAGCAGAGGGUCCUUGCUCACAUCAAUCAGCGUAAGAAGGAGGCGAUGUCUUGCUACACCCAAGCCCUCAACGAUCAACCUCCAAACACUCACCGCGUGCAGAAGUGUCUGCAGAAAUUACUGCGCUCGUUGCACAAGGACCGCGCUCACGCCAUUACUCACUAUCGCCAUUUGUUGUCGAGCAGUCUGGAUGCGGCCAACAGGGAACAGCCCAGAACUUUGGAGCGUCUCGUCGAUAUCGAUCGUACCGUUAAUCAAAGUAUGCAGAUGCUCAAAAGAUUCCCGGAUCUAUCCACCAAGAUCGGCCAGUUGAUGGAUGAUUACAUCCAGGCGCUUAGGUCUAAGGACGAUACACCUGGGGCUCUGCUCGCAAUGACUCCGGACGCUGAACAAGCCAUCCUGGACAAGUACAAGGAUGAAGUUGUUAACAAGCAGCAAGAGAAGGAACGUCAGAGAUUACAGGAGAAGGCACGCAAGGAGCAACGCAAGAAGGAACGCACCGAAUUGAGGGAGGAGAAGAAGAGAGUCGAGGCGGUUUUGGGCAAGAAAAUAAGCAAUUUCGAUGCUGAGGACAUGGAAGACGAAUCCUUGCCAACCGAUGAUAAAUUGACUACCAUGUCUUCGACUUUCGGUAGCAGCAGCAGCGUGAGCAGCAGUAGCACAGUCUCCGAUAUAAUGAGCAACUUUAUUACCACCGUCGAGGAUGAGGUGAUUGCUCCGCACAGGGAAGUUGAUGAUUCGGCGGUGCAGCAGGCCGUCGAAGAUGUCGCCGCCGUUGCCCAUCAGCAGGAUGUCAUCAGGAUUGCGCAUGCCAUGACCCACGACUUCGGGCACGGCGAACCGACUUAUUCGGUGCGUCGGGAAGUUUACGGACGCAAGGACGGAAGGAGCGUCUACUUCACCCUCGCAUUCGCUGGAAUGGCCCUGAUGGCUGCCGUUGUCGUCGGAGUUGCCGUCGCCAGACGUCGUUCUGCCCGUUCCCCUCAGAGCCAAGGUUUCAUCGAGGUGGACCAAGCAGCGACGCCCGAGGAACGACACGUAGCCAACAUGCAAAUCAACGGAUACGAGAAUCCGACAUACAAAUAUUUCGAGGUGAAAGAGUAAAAGGAAAACCUCAGAGACCGUUUCUGUUUUUAUAUAUAUAUA